AUUGCAUUAGGAUUUAAGCUUGUUUUUCUUUGCAGGGCGUUGAUAAACCUUUCAAGGAAGUAAUCAAAGCGAACGUGGGCGAUGCCCACGCGAUGGGUCAGCAGCCUAUCACGUUCCUGCGGCAAGUACUCACUCUGACAGUCUCGCCGAAUCUGUUGGAUGAUCCGAGCUAUCCGGAAGACGCGAAAGAUCGUGCCAGGUUGGUCCUGGGAGGUUGCAAGGGCGGCAGCGUUGGCUCGUACUCAGAAUCGGCUGGCAUUGAAUGUAUUCGCAAGCAUGUUGCACAGUACAUCCAGGAACGCGAUGGCGGUAUCCCUUGCGAUUAUCACAAUGUCAUCCUCUCGAAUGGUGCUUCUGAUGGUAUCAAGUCAUUCCUGAAACUAUUCAACGAAAGGAUCAAUAAUAAACCAUCCGGCAUUCUGAUCCCAAUUCCGCAGUAUCCUCUGUAUUCGGCGACCCUGGCGGAGUUUGGACUCGCUCAAAUCGGGUACUAUCUGGAUGAAGAUAAUAAGUGGUCGCUAGAAGUCAGCGAGCUGGAACGAACAUUAAGAGAAAUCAAGAAUACAUGUAAUCCUCGCGUAUUGGUGGUGAUCAAUCCUGGUAAUCCAACCGGUCAAGUAUUGACUCGUAAGAACAUCGAAAACGUCAUCCGCUUCGCCCAUAAACAUCAUCUGUUCUUACUGGCCGACGAGGUCUACCAGGACAACAUAUACGACAAAGACAGCGCAUUCCAUUCUUUCAAGAAAGUCAUGACGGAGAUGGGCGAGCCGUAUUCGAAGAUGGAACUGGCAUCGUUUAUGUCCAUCUCAAAAGGAUAUAUGGGUGAAUGCGGGAUCCGUGGCGGUUACGCCGAAAUUAUCAACAUGGACCCGGAAGUGAUGAAGGUGCUAUUGAAGUCAAUCUCUGCGAUGCUGUGUCCUACUGUGCUCGGCCAGGUCGUGAUGGAUGUUGUGGUGAAUCCGCCGCGACCGAAUGAGCCAUCGUAUGAGCAAUUCCAGAAAGAGAAAAAGGAAACUCUACUGUCUCUAGCAGAGAGAUCGCAGCUCGUCGUCAAUACACUCAAUAGUAUUCCAGGAUAUAAGGCGAAUCCGCCGAUGGGCGCGAUGUAUGUAUUCCCGCGUUUCGAAUUACCGCCAAAAGCAAUUGAGGCGGCGCGAACGAAAGGUCAAGAACCAGACGUCUUCUACGCAUUCAAACUGCUGGAGAGUACUGGGAUUUGUGUAAUCCCUGGUUCGGGCUUCGGCCAGAUACCCGGUACAUACCAUUUCCGGACCACGAUACUGCCGCAAAAAGAGAAAAUCAAAACAAUGCUUGAAGCACUAAAGCAAUUCCACAUCAAGUUCCUUAAGGAAUAUAGUUAAAUAUAAUAUAUUUUUGAUUGAAAAAAAUUGAGAUUAUAAAGAAUUGGAAUAGGAAUAAUAAGGAGUAACCGCAUGGGGCUGUGCAUAUCUGCGUGAGGACUAAUUUCCGGUCCAAACGCAUCGCGAAUGAAAUAUUUUUAUUACGAUUAAUAACUCAUUAUUGAGAGACAAUUCGCAUACGAUAUUGUUAUUGAGUUGUGUUUGUGUAGAAAUCGUGACGAAACUUUAAAUCGAUGUAUGUAAAUGUAAAUGUAAAUCAUUGCUGAAGGAUAUCUGUAAAUAUCUGAUAGUUAUAUCGUUAUGCCGACAACGGUCGAUAUUAUAUUAUACAUACAAUAGUCAACAAGAAGAGAAAUUGAAUAUUGUUGCAGUCAA